GGAGGAUGUUGCGCGUGAAGGGGAAAUGGCUGCCGAAAACAAGCCGGAAGGACUGAAGAAAAGUCGUAAUCCGGAUCGAAUGUACAGAUCAGGAGUGUGUUAUGGCCACGGCCCACCUAAGAGUAUCAGUGAUGACACAGAGAGCCACAAUGAACAUGGACAUUUGAAAAUUUACCUGCCCAAGAAGCUGCUCGAAUGUCUCCCAAAAUGCACCUCUCUGCCAAAGGAGAGACACCGGUGGAACACCAAUGAGGAAAUCGCAGCUUACUUGAUAACAUUUGAAAAGCAUGAAGAAUGGCUAACGACAUCCCCUAAAACAAGGCCGCAGAAUGGGUCGAUGAUAUUGUACAAUAGGAAGAAGGUAAAGUAUCGAAAGGAUGGAUACUGCUGGAAGAAGAGGAAAGACGGAAAGACCACGAGGGAGGAUCACAUGAAGCUGAAAGUGCAGGGAGUGGAGUGUCUCUACGGCUGCUACGUCCACUCCUCCAUCAUCCCCACCUUCCACCGCCGGUGCUACUGGCUCCUCCAGAACCCCGACAUCGUGCUGGUCCACUAUCUGAAUGUCCCCGCCAUAGAGGAUUGUGGGAAACCCUGUGGUCCCAUCCUGUGCUCCAUCAAUACAGACAAGAAGGAGUGGGCCAAGUGGACGAAGGAGGAGCUGAUCGGUCAGCUCAAGCCCAUGUUCCAUGGCAUCAAGUGGACUUGCAGUAAUGGAAACAGCAGUUCUGGUUUCUCGGUGGAGCAGCUCGUGCAGCAGAUUCUGGACAGUCACCAAACGAAGCCUCCUCCUCGCACUCACAACUGCCUCUGCACGGGCACUCUGGGAGCCGGCAGCAGUGUCCACCACAAAUGCAACAGCUCCAAACACCGCAUCAUCUCCCCCAAAGUGGAGCCGCGCUCGGGGGCAUACAGCGCCCACUCCGAGGUCCAGAACAACGACGUGUCCGAGGGUAAAACUGAGCACAGCUCCCAUGGAGGAGGAAAAGGCUCCGGAGCCGGAGGAGGCACCAGAGAGAAACGCAACGGGAAAGUGCAUAAACCUGUGCUGCUCCACCAGAACAGCACAGAGGUGUCCUCCUCCAACCAGGUGGAGGUCCCCGACACCACGCAGAACUCCCCCAUCAGCAGCGGUCUGAACAGCGACCCCGACCUGGCCGACAGCCCCGUGGUCACGGGCAUGGGUCACGUGGCGUCGGUCAUGUCCGGUCUGUCUCAGAGCGUGUUCAUGUCGGAGGUGACCGGAGACCCGGUCUACAGCAUAUCUCCCACCGCGGGCCCCAACUCCCACCUGAUGGGCCCCGACGGCUCCGCCCAGGGCCUGGUGCAUAAGUUCGCGUUCCCCGGGGGAGGGGAGCCCGGCUCUGCGACGGCGGACCUCUCCAUGUUGUCCUCGGCGGGCGUCUCGGAGGAGCUGGUGCUGUCCAGUAGUCUGGACUCAGGUGGCCUCAAAAUCCCAGAGACUAAUAUGAACUUUGACCCCGACUGCUUUCUAAACAACCCCAAACAGGGGCAGACCUACGGGGGCAGCGCUUUAAAGACCGAGGGCAACUCCUCCUCCAACUCCUCCUCAAACGGCACCAGUAACACCAACGGGCUUCAGCAGUCCCCCCUCUCCGACAGCAGCUACAGCUACAACUCCGCCCUGGUGAAAAACAUCAAGACUGAGGACACGUCGUUUGAGCAGCAACUGGCCAAGGAGAGCGGCUACCAGGUGGGGGCAGUAGUGAGCUGUGGCAGCGGAGUGUCAUCGGGGGCUGGCUCGGGUCAGACCGGCCUGGCUCUGGCCACAGCGGGCUCUCUGCUGCCCUCUGGUGGAGGUCUGAGCCCAAGCACCACUCUGGAACAGAUGGACUUCAGCGCCAUCGACGCUAAGCAGGAAUACACCUCCACCGCCGCCGCGGUCAGCUACGGUCAGUCCAUGACCAGCCCCCACAUGCAGCACCAGAACCAGUCACCAAGCUUCUUCCUCCAGGAUGCGUCUCAGAACAGUCACCCCCAGCAGGGCCGCCCCAACCUGGGGCAGAAACCUCACCUGAUGGAGCACAACCACGACUCUGGGGCCUAUAUGAGCGACUCUCCCAGCAGCAACAGUCACCUCCACCACCACCACCAGGGGCAGCACAGAGCCAACUGUAACGGAGGCUCCCCCGCAGAGGGGAGCCAGAGCGGCUCUCUGCAGCUGCUGCAGUACCAGGGCUCCUUCCCCGGUUUGGGCUCUGAGCACGAAGAGGUGGUGGGUUUAGAGCAACAAAACAACGUCAACUCGGCUCAGAGCGGGACUUCAGAAAACGGCACCGCCGGAGAUCACAUUCAGGCGUGCGGAGCCGGAAACGGCGACGGAGGAGUCACCGAGCACUAUCUGCAGCAGACCACGGACGGCUCUGGAGGCGCUGAGAACAUCCACAACGGAAACACCAGCAGUGACGGAGGUGGACGCUCUCAGCAGCAGCAGCUCCAGCCUCUGCUCCAGGGCUCAGCCAUGGUCCAAGGUCUGUACAACCACAACAGUCUGAGCAACUCCAAUAACGGCGGCGCGUCCGGCAUGGACAUAAACCUCGAUCACUUCGACAUCUCUUUUGGGAAUCAGUUCUCUGACCUCAUCAACGACUUCAUCUCGGUGGACGGCAGCGGAACGGCCAUGGCGGGGGGAGGGGCGCUCUACGCGCACCAGCUCGUGACCUCGCAAUGCUCAGAGACUCAGAACACGACCAACGGAGCGCCCCCUCAAGGCCAGGAGGACGGAGAGGCCCGAGGCGCCGGGUACAGCUCCUCAGACCUCUGUCUUCAGCCGUGCUGCAGUCCUCAGUCUCUGAGCGGAGGGACCGGAGGAGGAGGCGCUGCUGGAGAGCCCGGUGCACUGUCCUACAUGAAUGUAGCAGAGGUCGUGAAUGCAGCUGUGGCCCAGGGAACUCUGGGAAUGCUCCAGGCCACGGGACGCCUCUUUAUGGUCACAGACUACUCCCCAGAGUGGUCCUAUCCUGAGGGAGGGGUAAAGGUGCUCAUCACUGGCCCCUGGCAGGAGGCCAGCUCCAACUACAGCUGUUUGUUUGACCAGAUCUCAGUCCCUGCGUCUCUCAUCCAGCCCGGAGUGCUGCGCUGCUACUGUCCAGCCCACGACACAGGACUGGUCACUCUCCAGGUGGCUGUGAGUAACCAGAUCAUCUCCAACUCUGUGGUGUUUGAGUACAAGGCCCGAGCGCUGCCUUCACUGCCCUCCUCCCAACACGACUGGCUCUCUCUGGACGAUAACCAGUUCAGAAUGUCUAUCCUGGAGCGGUUGGAGCAGAUGGAGAGGAGGAUGGCUGAGAUGGCCAGUCACCAGCAGCAGAGCGGCGCAGGCAGUGGGGGGGCGGGGGGAGGGACAGGGGGGUCGAGCGGAGGAGCGGGGACCGGAGGAGGCAACAGCAGCCAGGCCCAGUGCGUGUCCAGCCCGGCACAGCCCAGCAGCUCCUUUGAAAGCCGCGUGGUGGUGGUCUGUGAGAAGAUGAUGAGCAGAGCCUGUUGGGCCAAGUCCAAACAUUUAAUCCACUCCAAGACGUUCAGAGGCAUGACCCUGCUGCACCUGGCGGCCGGCCAGGGCUACGCCACCCUCAUCCAGACUCUCAUCAAGUGGAGAACCAAACACGCAGACAGUAUCGACCUGGAGCUGGAGGUGGACCCCCUCAACGUGGACCACUUCUCCUGCACGCCACUGAUGUGGGCCUGUGCUCUGGGCCACCUGGAGGCAGCUGUGGUUUUGUACAAAUGGGACAGACGUGCUCUGGCCAUCCCUGACUCUCUGGGUCGCCUGCCCCUGUCCAUCGCUCGCUCUCGGGGACACACUAAAUUAGCCGAGUGUCUGGAGCAGCUGCAGAGAGAGGAGCAGCAGUCGACGGCUCCUCUGCCCUCAAACCGAGUGUCCUACUCCCAGGGCUCCGACCCCCCCACCUCAGGCGGCUGGAUGUCCAACUGGCCCAGCGACAGUGUCACUACACACAGCGGCAAGAAAGGAGGAGCCGCCACCACCGCCACCGCCACCGCAGCUAACACCAGCCUCAACCCAGACUUGAGAAGGCCCCGGUCGGAGCCAUCCAGUUACUACAGCAGUACAGAGGCCCAGAAAGACCUGCCUCAGGCGAAGAAACACAAACCAAACCCAGAACUGUUCCAAGGGCGACCGGACAAGGCCAUGUCUGUCCCUCUGGAGCAGCAACAGCUCCAUAAGCUCUCGUCCAGCGCCAAGAGCCUGCCCUCGGGCGGGCUGAGCUCAGACAAGACUCUGUCAACGGGAAGCGGGAGAUGGAGCUCACGAGAGGCCUUCUCCAGUGCGGCGGGCAGGAAGGGCCAGGGGGCGGGGCCAGGCAGCAGCGUGGGCAAGGACAAAAUGGCGAGCCGCCUGCGCCAGCGCGAGCAGCUCGUGGUCAUGGCGGACAAAGAGAUGGCCGACGCUGAACUUCUGUCGUACAGAGAGGAGCUGGAAAACAUGGACGACCUGCAGGUAAACAUGAUGACUCUGGCCGAGCAGAUCAUCGAAGCCACUCCAGAGAGAAUAAAGAGGGAAACGUUCAGCUCCUCUGAGUCCACGCCCUUAGACGCAUCAGGGGUCACCAACACCAUGAACUGGCUGGCCAAUUAUUUGGGGGAUGUGGAGCAGCUCCCCAGCAUCAUACACCUAAGAAACCUGUACAACGAGCCUUUGACCCCCACGUCUAACCCCAGCCACAGUCCCGGGGGUUCUCCUGCUCGGGAGGGCUCUCUGGAGUCCACACUGCCAUCGGCGGCCGACUGGAGCCAGUUCAUCAGCGCCUCCAACAGUAAAGUGGAGCGUGAGCUCGCCCAGCUGACUCUGUCCGACCCCGAGCAGAGAGAGCUCUAUGAGGCCGCGCGGCUCGUCCAAACUGCCUUCCGCAAGUACAAGGGGCGGCCCCUGCGAGAGCAACAGGAAGUAGCUGCUGCCGUAAUUCAGCGUUGUUACAAGAAGUACAAACAGCUGACAUGGAUAGCCUUGAAGUAUGCACUUUAUAAGAAGAUGACGCAGGCCGCCAUCCUUAUCCAGAGUAAAUUCCGCAGCUACAACGAACAAAAGAAGUUCCAGCAGAGCAGGAGGGCGGCGGUGCUCAUUCAGCAGUACUACCGCAGCUACAAGGAGUGCGGCCGAAUCAAACCCCACCACCGCGGAGCAGCUGCUCUGGUGCAGCACAAGCUCAGAGGCAGUCUGCUCACUAAGAGGCAGGACCAAGCUGCCAGGAAGAUCAUGAGGUUUCUCCGCCGCUGCCGUCACAGCCCCUUGAUGGACCAUAGACUGUUCAAGCGGGUGAGUGCAGUCUCAGCACUCAGGGUGAAAGAAUUGAAAAAGGCCAGGGAACAUGAGACGCCUCCGAAGAGCCCCCUCGCAGUGUGACAUCCUCCUGACUUUGUUUUUGUUCGUGCCCCAGACAUUUUACAAAGGCAAAAUCGGGUCUCGGGGCUGCGAUUCAUAAACUUAUUAAGGGUUUCAACUAAUCUCACGUGUACAACAGCAUUUUUUCACACGACGGGACUCGGAACUCUAAGGGUUAAUGUGUGGGCUGCUGGACAUUUGCUUUGCUGCAUUUUUUGCACUUUUUUGUCAUGGAUUUUUUUUUUUAUUUUGAAUCUUUUUUUGGGAGAAUUUAUUGGAAGCAAACAUGAUGUGAAGAGGGGACUGAGAAGACCAGAUCUCAGAGGAUAGGAACAAAGACACUCUGGGCUCCAGUCUGUCAUUUUAAAGAUUAUUUUUAAAAACCAAAAUGUGUUGAUCCGCCUCAC